ACAUAACCCAACUUAAAAGACUAUAAUUGUGUCUUUUCGUCUAUACAUGAUCUGUCACAUUGUUGCUGGUGCUGUACCUGGACUCGUAGUUGCUAAAAAAACAAAACAAACAAACAAAAAAAACUACGUUUCCCAUGAACCCUUGUGAGCUUUACGUCGUCGUGCGUCAACCUCCCCAGUCCCCCCACCAUCACCGUUCUACAGAGGAAGAAAGGGGGAGACGGGCAACCUGUACAGAACGCUUUCUCACAAAUAUGAGCGGCAGCGGGCGGCCCAGGACCAGCUCAUUCGCUGAGCCUCCCGGAGCUCCCGGAGCCGCUGCAGCCGGUGCCGGAUCAGCAGCAGCCGGCGGAAGCUCGACAGGAAAAACUGGGGCUUCACAAGCCAGUGGAAGCAGCUCGACGAGCUUUGGGAAUUUGAAACUGCCUCGAGACAGCGGCAAAGUGACGACAGUGGUAGCCACACCCGGCCAGGGCCCCGAUCGCCCUCAGGAAGUGUCCUACACAGACAUAAAGGUUAUAGGAAAUGGCUCCUUUGGAGUGGUCUACCAGGCUCGCCUCAUUGACAGCCAGGAGAUGGUGGCAAUUAAGAAAGUUCUCCAAGACAAGAGGUUUAAGAAUAGGGAGCUGCAAAUUAUGAGGAAACUGGACCACUGCAACAUUGUGAGGCUACGUUACUUCUUCUACUCCAGUGGUGAGAAGAAAGAUGAGGUUUAUUUGAAUCUGGUGCUGGACUACGUCCCUGAGACAGUGUACAGGGUGGCUCGGCACUUCAACAAGGCCAAGACCACCAUCCCCAUCAUCUAUGUUAAGGUGUACAUGUACCAGCUGUUCCGCAGUCUGGCUUAUAUCCAUUCCCAGGGCGUGUGUCACAGAGACAUCAAGCCCCAGAACCUCCUGGUGGACCCAGAGACAGCCAUCCUCAAACUCUGUGACUUUGGCAGUGCAAAGCAGCUAGUUCGGGGAGAGCCGAAUGUGUCCUAUAUCUGCUCACGGUACUAUCGUGCCCCAGAGCUCAUCUUUGGUGCCACCGACUACACGUCCAACAUUGACAUCUGGUCAGCUGGCUGUGUGCUGGCUGAGCUGCUGCUAGGCCAGCCCAUCUUCCCCGGGGACAGUGGUGUGGACCAGCUAGUAGAGAUCAUCAAGGUUCUGGGGACACCAACAAGGGAGCAGAUCCGAGAGAUGAACCCUAACUACACAGAGUUCAAAUUUCCACAGAUCAAAGCACACCCUUGGACAAAGGUGUUUAAGCCUCGUACCCCACCAGAGGCCAUCGCUCUCUGCUCUCGACUGCUGGAAUACACGCCGGUGACCAGGCUGUCCCCCCUGGAGGCAUGUGCACACGCCUUCUUCGACGAGCUGCGCCAGCCCAACACCCGCCUGCCCAGCGGACGAGAACUGCCGCUCCUCUUUAACUUCAGUCCCGUUGAGCUGUCAAUCCAGCCCCAGUUGAACUCCACACUCAUUCCUCCUCACGCUCGUGCACAGACAUCGCCUGCCUCACAUGAGGGCAGUGUGUCAGACAGUACCGCCCAGCCCAGCUCAGCACCUGGAUCCAUCAACAACAGCACCUGAGCAUCCAUCCCUCUGUCAUCCUUUCUUUUUCUCUCCCCCAUUUUCCUUUUCUGUCCUCCUCUCUUCUCCCUCUCAACCUUCCUCUUGGCUCCAAUUUUUAAAAUAGAAAAAAAAAAAAAACUAUACACACCCACAUAAACACUCAGCAUCGCUAUUUUCCCUGAAUGUUAACCAUUUUCCAAUAGAAAGCAAUUUCUGUGGCUGCUAACUUCAGGAAGGCGUGGGUUGUUCAAUGGACAUUCAAGUAUCCAUGCUUGGGCUUAAUAUAAGCUGCAUAUCUAAGCUCAGUGUGGUUCUUGUCUGGUCUGUUAAAAUAAAGGAACUUUACAUUGGUUGGGUAGGAUGUUUGGGGGAUGAGGAGAGGGGUUUUCUGUAUUAUAAUCUGCAAUUGACUUUUAUCCCUUUUUUAUGUUCAUUUUAUUUGCAUUAGCUAAUUUUAUGUGUGGCCAUGGUGCCAUGAAAAGGAGUCCAGUUUGACUUUGGAGUUGAGAAUGAGGGCCUCAUGUAAGGCCUGACUAAUAUUGACAAUCAUCCUUAGGAGGGCCAAAAAUGGCACACUUAUACUGGACAUAGUGUUGGAUCGUACAAUUCACAGUGUAGACUAGUGGCUCUUCUGUCACUUUCUACCCUGAACUCUACUCAAGUAUUGUCUGUUCACCCUGCCCAGCGGUGAACACGUGAGGAGUUUUUUAAAAUAUCCCGGUUUGAUACCAGAAAGAACCUAUUGGCUGAUUUUUGUCCUUGUCAUUUUAGAUGAGAGGUGAUUUUAAAUUUUAUUACAAAGGAGGGCACCACAUUGAAUAUUAGCUCCUGAACUGCCUUUUAUGUAAAUGAGAGGGAGCUUUACAUGAGCAGAGUGCACAUAUUCAAUUUCUUCAGUAUAAGCUCAUAUUUUCAUUGGUUAAGCUGGAAACCGAGUGUUUCCUGUUAAUUCUCAAGUGAGUAUUGCACAUCCCCAAAAGGGAGUCGAGGGUAAGCAAGGGGGAGAGUUAUGUGUACUGUCCAUAACUUCACACAGAGGGAGCUGUUGGUGUGGGGCUCCAUUGGCAUCUAAUAUUGAAGUCUCAAUGUCUCAAAUGUCAUAAACACAGUUGCCUAGCACUGUAAGGUGAAUAGCCACCUCCUUAAUUAUGUCACUUUUAUGGUGUUGAGUUUCAUAUCAGCAUGAUUAUGUUGAAGAAUGACAUCAGGUGCGGAGGGUACAGAGACUACUGGCCGCUUUUCACCGCUCACCUGGCAUCUUCAUUGUCAUUUAAGCUAGUAUACACAGUUAUUGAUUGUGCGGGAGAACAUGUGCAUGCAUCGACUCGAGUGAAUUUUGUUUGGUUUGUGAGAGUGAUUUGUCGAAACCCUCUUCGCCUCCUUCCCAAACAGCCUGCCUGUGACGCUCAUAUCAUGUUCUUCCUGUCCUGUAACGGUGGUAGGAACUGAUCUUGAAUGAUUGACGCAGCUUAACAGUCCGCUGUCAGCAUGGACUCUUUUCUUCCACCACGCAGAUGUGCAUGUUGAGCCCAAGUUGACCACACUAUAUAACUUCCACUAUUAGUAAUAAUCUGACCAGAAAUGAUGCUCAAACCCCUGAAACCCAACAGCUUUUGGAGCCUCCCCUCCCAUUCUUUUCUGUCCUCACCCCUGCCUUCUGCUUCCCUCUUCCCUCCUCUUUUUUCACGGCUAAACUGUAAAUAUCAAGUUCCUUUUAUUUUAUUUUGUUAUUUUUGUUAUUAUUGUUAUUAUAUUGUUGUUCUUGUAAUUUUUUUUUUUUCUCUAGUAGACCGGCACAGCAGUGUCGGGACUGUUUAUCCUCAGUCGCAGUCUGUAAAUACAUUUCAGUCCCUGGUUCAGGAGGGGAAAAACAGAACAAAAUGUUUCAUUUUUAUUCUCUCUCCCUCCAUUUCUCUCUUCAUGACUUUCCCUUUUCCCCCAUAAAUGUCGUCAUAACUGUUUUAUUUAUUGUAUUGUGUUUUUUGGGGGGGUGGGGGGAACUUUUCCACCAGGGUGGUAAAAUUGAGGGAUUCGAUUUUUUUUUUGUUUUGUUUUUUUUGUUUUAAUUCCAAAUUUUAGUCCAGCAAUGUCACAUGCAAAACGAUUUCACAUCCAAGAUACUGUACUUUGAUCCAGACGUUGGAGUGUGUUUGCAAUCAGUGGUCUUGUGUGUAUGCAGGUGCACAUGUUAGCCAACAGGUGGAACUCCAGUUUUCCAUUUAACUUCAAUGUGAAGGGAAUGUUACAAGCCUCUGGAUCUACUGGGUCGUGAUGUUGGGAGGGAGCACAGAUCUGUGUGCGUGUGUGUGUGUGUAUGUGCGUGCGUGUGUGUGUAUCCGGAGGAAAGGGGGAAAAAAUGAAUCUUCCAUUGACAUGUACCAUCUCCUGUGUCUGACCGUCUCCUGUUUCCGCUUACUGCGUGUCGCGUGAGUGUAACAGGGUCGACCUGUUAGUUCAGUGUGUAUGCUUCAGAUUCUUGGUGAGUUUCUUGAACACAGCUGCAGGGAAUGUAUGUGUGUUUGUGUGUGCUCGCAAACCAUGGACAUUAUUCUCUGUACUCCUGAUUUUUUUCCCAAAUGAAGAGCUGAUUAAAUGUGCUAUUUUAAUGUUUAUUUUCAUCUUCUGAUCUGUCACACUUAGCUUUUAAUUUGCUGUGACCCUGCUCUUUUAUCACCCUUGUCUGAGGGUAAAAUGUCACUGUUGGGAACAGAACGGUUGGAUAAAGGAGAUGAUUAUGGUGAUGAUGAUGAAGAGGGAGGGAUGGAGGGAGAGAGACAGUUUUUGUUUGUUGGUAUAAAUAAUUAAACUCAUUAAUAAAGUGAUGAAACUGUU